AUGGCUCAGUUUGUUUCCUGUUUGGUUGGGAUUCAGACCUCCUCUUCCUCCAUUCUCAAAUGCCAACAACAACAGCCGUCGAAGAAACAGGAGAGUGCACUCGUUGGUCUGAUAGAAACAAACGGAGAGCUGAAGGUUUUCAUCGAUCAAAAUCUGAGCCCUAGCAAAGGUGUCCUAUCUUUGGUUACUGUCCAGUCUACAGCUGUCCCCGUAGCCAAACAGCUACUACCCAAAACUCUUGGGCCAUCCAAUGUGAACAUUGCUGCACACAUGCAACAUAUGCCACACAUGGUGAUAGGAACACCCCAGAGGGCUACGGUAUCCAAUACCAUUUUGGUAAACAGUCCACAUACACCCAGUUCCCAGUUCCUCACUCAAAGUCAAACAUCGGACGCCUCUCCGUGGUCAUCAGGAAAACGGGGUAAAAAAGGGGAAAAGAACGGAAAGGGCUUGAGGCAUUUCUCCAUGAAAGUGUGUGAGAAGGUUCAGAAGAAAGGAGUAACUACCUACAAUGAAGUGGCCGAUGAACUGGUUGCAGAAUUCAGCUCUGCAGACAGCCACAUGUCACCCAAUGACGCACAUGUCUAUGACCAGAAGAACAUUCGGCGGCGUGUGUACGAUGCACUUAAUGUGCUUAUGGCCAUGAACAUUAUCUCUAAAGAAAAGAAAGAAAUCAAAUGGAUUGGCCUUCCCACUAACUCAGCGCAAGAGUGCCAAAACCUAGAGGUAGAGAGACAAAGGCGGCUGGAGAGAAUUAAGCAGAAACAAUCACAGCUUCAGGAGCUCAUACUGCAGCAAAUAGCUUUUAAGAACCUGGUUCAGCGGAACAGACAGACGGAGCAGCAAGCGAACCGACCUCCACCUCCCAACUCCAUCAUCCACCUCCCCUUCAUUAUUGUCAACACCAGCAAGAAAACUGUCAUCGACUGCAGCAUCUCCAACGACAAGUUUGAGUAUUUGUUCAAUUUCGACAGCAUGUUUGAGAUCCAUGACGACAUCGAGGUGCUGAAACGCAUGGGCAUGGCCUGCGGCUUGGAGGUGGGAAAGUGUUCUCCAGAGGAUCUGAAGGUUGCACGUAGCCUGGUGCCCAAAGCUCUGGAGCCCUACGUUAUAGACUUGGAGGGCAGUCACACCUGUAGGUCACUUCAUUUGGACCACGGGAAAAUGGAGAUGAAUAGACAUAGUUAUAAAGACAGAGAUGGCAAAGGGUCCCAUCAGUAA